UUCGACCUGUUCGAGGUGGACGAGACUCCGCAGGAAUUUCCCUCUGCUGCUUUCGUUCCAUUUGUGUAACGGAGUGUGUUUAGUGGGAUACGGAGGGCGACAGACAGAAGAGAGGGGGAGACAGAGAGAGUCAGAGAGAGGACAGGGGACGACAGAGGGAGACAUAAAGAGAUGUCGGAACCAGCCGCUAAUCCCGCUGCCACCUCCUUCCCAGCGCCAACUAUCUCUCUACCUUUGGGACUGCCAGUACUGAGGACCUACUCCGGAGCUCUAGUCUUGUUAGAAAUAAUAUUUGGUGGCUUAGUAUGGAUCCUGGUGGCUUCAUCCAAUGUGCCGGUGCCUUUGCUUCAAGGCUGGGUGAUGUUUGUCUCUGUCACCAGCUUCUUCAUGUCCUCUGCCUACCUCACGCUCCUCAUCACUGGCCUGGCUGACCGCAUCAACACUGACUGGAACUUCUUGGAUGUGUUUUACCACUUCUUAGCGGUGCUUUUUUACUUUGCUGCCUUCGUCCUUGAGGCAGCGGUUACAGCAGCAAAUGGCGGAGGCUAUGUCACAAUACUGCCCAACAGCACUGAAACUGUCAUGUGUAUUCCCUACCCUCACAGCAACAUCUUCACGGUCAUGAACGGCAAACAGUACAGUAUUAAUGUGGCAGCCACGAUAUUCUCAUUCGUGGUGACACUAUGUUAUGGCUGCAGCAUGAUAAUGGGCUUCAAGAGGUGGAGGGCGUAAGCAGCACAAAACAACAUGAAACCAACUCCUUUUUGCAAAAGCUUCUGCUACACAGAUUAGUAAAGUAUAAAGUAUAGGAUUUCCCGAUGGGGAAACGUCAUGUCAGCAAGUGAAAGCGGCAUCAAAGCUACGAACGUCUCGAUGGAUAAAGGUUUUCAGCUUCAGUCAAAACAUCUGUCAACAGUAUUGGACAACAAGGUUCCCAGUGGAAUUCAUCUUUGGAGACUUUGGUUUCAAGUACCGUGGGUUGUGUCUGGGCUGUUAAAGGUAUUUUGAAAGCAGCAUUUAAGCAGCUGUUGUUCAGUUACCACUGCAUGUGUUUUAUUCCCCUGCUGCUAACCUGAUGAGUUCACUGUUGUGAAGCUUUUCUUAAUGUUGCCAGGAAAAUCCAUGUGGGACGCUUGGCAGAGUUGUGUAUUUUCGAGGCUGUACAGAGUAAUUCUUCAAGAUUUAAGCUCUGACAGUUAUGGUUUCAAUCCUUUGCUCACUUAUAGAUAUACAGAGGCACAUUCUCACAUUCCCAUAACCAUUAACGCAAAACAUGUCUUUGGAGAUGUGGACAUGAAGACAUUAUCGAAAAAUCCCCGAAAAGUCCUUGAGUCACGUUGGUGCUAAAUAGCUACAAACUCACUGGAGAGUUAAUCUGAUUGUUCAUUUCCUUUGACCAUUAUUUAAAAUGUGAGUUAAUCUGCUAUUUGAAUAGAUUUAAUCAUGUUAUGUGCACUUUUUCUUAAAUUUUCCAUAAUAUGUCUCACUGUUUAUCACAAGAUUACUGUUCAUUAAUCCCAUUUUACUGUUAAAACUGUUACUCACUAAUUUACUAAUGAAUAUAACUUAAUUCAAAUCUCGAUUUACUUGUUUUGGUGAUUUUUUAUUUUUACUAGAAACUCAUUUUAGAAGAGCAUCAAUCAAUAAUGCUUUUGUAUUUCAAACAGUGACUGAUCACUUGUUCAUAUGCUGUCAGUAGUACAUUUUUAAAGUUUUACUAUUAUUGUUAUUGUGUUAAUACAUUGUUAUAUUUUUCAAAUGAAUCAUUCUUAAUUGCAACAAUUAAGCUACAUACAUGUUCAUUUAAAGUAGUUUUAGGUGAAUAACCUUUGAUUUUUUGACAUCAGCUGUUGAACUUGUUGAACUGCAGAAUUAAAUAGUUUCAAAGAAAAACAAA